AUUACAUACCUACUACCAAUAGUGUGAUAACAAUUUAGAAAACUAUACAACAUGAUUUGCUUACGUUAUUAUAAUAAUAUAUAAUCUUCAGUCGAUAAACUUAACGUUGUCGGGUCGGGCCGAGCCGUAUUAUUAGCAAGUGGAUCAAUGUGAUCGUUAAAAAAAAAAAUUCACUUAAGUAUUCAGUGCAAAAAUGUAUUUUCCAGUCGGCUGGCCAAAAAUUUUGGCUCCGACCUAUUCUGCCGGAACUCUAGUUCAAGUGAUUUGCAACAGGGACAAAAUACUCUUUGCCGUCCUGUCCAGCAAACGAUUGGAAAUUUGGUUUUGCAAACCAUGUGUGAAGAUUACAUCAUACACAAGAUCUCCGCAAAGUUUAGAAGAAAUUGGCUUCAAUUUGCGAGUAGAAUGGCGGCCAGAUUCCAGUAUGUUAGUUAUUGUGACUACAAAAGGUUAUUUAGUAUUUUACAACUUGAGUAUUAUCAGUGAACCUGGAGGCUUGUAUAAUUUGGAAGAUUCACAAAUUUCUAGCCUGAGAAGAGAAAACGACGAAUUAUUUGUCAAAGAGAUUAUACCGUCCUUACAUAUUCAACAAGAACAAGUUGCCUGUGUUGAUGGAGGAGUUGGAUGUAUAGCUUGUAUUCGUGACGAACUGAUGGUAACCACGUGUAAAGGGCAUGUUUUGCGAUACCAUUGGAACAGCUUGAUCAAUCGAGAUUACUGUUUAGAUCUGCGUAGGAUACCGUUUUCUGUUGACUUACAUGUAUCUAAUGCCGCACCGAUUACGACUAAAAAUACGUACAUUGUCGAUAUGGAAUAUUCACCUUUAGUUGGAGGAUUCGGAAUCAUCUUGAACGAUGGCAGGGCAGCACUACUGACAGCCUCUUCUUUAAAAUUUGAUCCCAAUCAAGUUCAAGGAAUUUGGGCUCCACACAUAGACACUGGAACGUGUACAAGUUUAAACCAUAAAUAUAGAUUGAUCGCCUUUGGAUUGAAAAAUUCUCAAGGCAUAGUGUUUGCCCUCGACGAACGUACAGGAGGUCUCCAGUUAUCACACCAGCUCGUGAUUCCCAGCCAGGUAUGGCCCGGCGGGGGACUGGGGCCUGUACGUUGUACUCGAUGGACACCUGACGGCUGUGCCUUGGUAAUGGCUUGGGAAAACAGUGGAUUUGCUGUUUGGAGUACAUUUGGUGCCCUCCUAGUUUGCUCUUUGGCAUGGAACUUUAGUGUAAACGUCGAUCUGAGUUCAAGAAAUCCGCUAAACAUUGUCUCCAUGGAUUGGUGUACUGAAGGCUAUCAGUUGUGGAUGAUAAAUAGAGCGUCUAAAGACAAUCAUGAAGAUUCUGUUUUACAGUUGUCGUUUUUAAAAAGUGCUUUGGCUGUUAAUCCAACAAUGAGCCACCGUCCACAUUUGUACCUUCAAGGAGAAGACAAGCUAUAUCUUAAUCUAACGUCUGGCUUAACAAAAGUGUAUAAAAUGACUCAGGCCAAUAACAAGUCGAAAGACCAGGUGACUGUGACGAGCGCUUUAGUUGAAAAUAAGCAAUGGAUCAUUAUCUACGCACCUUCUCCGUACAUGGGAACUAAUUGGCCAAUAAGAACGUCAUGCAUAGACGAUGACGGUAAACAUAUAGCAAUAGCUGGACGGUGUGGUCUUGCACAUUAUUCAUUGAUAACACAUCGUUGGAAGCUAUUCGGUAGUGAAAUACAAGAAAAAGACAUGAUCGUAACCGGCGGAGUGUUAUGGUGGCGUUGCUAUAUAGUUUGUGGAUGCUAUAGUGUCCCCGAGGAUGAACACCAGGUGCGAGUCUACAAUGGAGAUUCUAGACUGUCCAACGACAAUAUGAUUGCCUAUCGAUUGACCGGUCAAGCUUUAUUGCUCGAUUGUUUAGGAAAUCGAUUAGCAGUGUUUUGCUCAGACGGAAUUGUUAAUUUAUUCAAUAUUGAACUAUCUCCUAAUCAUAAUAUGGCUAUAUUGGACAGAGUACAAACAAUAGAUAUGUCUGCUUUGUGCAUUCAUCCCACUUGCGUUGUGUCGGUAGUACUUACUACUUUACGAAUUGAACCUAGGGUUAAAGGCUCAACUUUUAGAGAUAACUUUAUCUUAAAUAUUAAUGGCCAUUUGUUGUUAGUUAAUCAGCAAAGUUGUGACGAUCAAACACAAGUGAUUCCAUCUCCUAUUUUGUUGGCGUCAUGUGUGGAAAAUGCAUGGGUGUCGAAUCAGUAUCGACGUGAAAAACCUCAUCUCACCGAAGCCCUUUGGCUGUUUUGCGGUGCUCACGGCAUGCGAGUUUGGCUGCCAUUGUUUCCUAAAAAUGGAGAUAAAUCUCAUACAUUUAUGUCAAAAAGAAUUAUGUUACCGUUUCAACUGACAAUAUAUCCUUUGGCGAUACUUUUCGAGGACGCUAUAUUAUUAGGAGCUGAAAACGAUACACUACUUUAUACGUCCGAUACGUCGUCAGUAUUUUCUUUGCCUUUUUGUCAAGUCGAACGAACAAGCCAAGUAUAUUUACAUCAAAUUCUAAGACAAUUAAUACGAAGAAAUUUAGGUUUUCACGCUUGGGAGGUUGCAAGAUGCUGUACAAAUUUACCAUAUUUUUCUCACUCUUUAGAAUUGUUAUUACACGAAGUAUUGGAAGAAGAAGCUCUUAGUAAAGAACCUAUACCAGAUGCUCAGUUGCCUAGUGUCAUAGAGUUUAUACAAGAAUUUCCAAAUCUUUAUCUAGAAACUGUAGUGCAAUGUGCUCGCAAAACCGAAAUAGCUCUUUGGCCUUAUUUAUUUUCUGCCGCCGGCAAACCCAAAGAUUUAUUUCAAGAAUGUAUGAAAAGGCAAAAUUUAAAUACCGCAGCCUCGUACCUGAUAAUACUUCAAAAUUUGGAAUCAUCGUCAGUCAGUUGCAAGUAUGCUACACUACUGUUGGAUUCUGCGUUAGACAAUUGUCAGUGGGAUUUGUCCAAGGAUCUUGUUCGAUUUUUAAAAGCAAUAGAUCCAAAUGAUGCAGAUUCGCCUAGAACAUCAUGUAUUUUUCCAGCUAAGUAUAGCAUGAUGGGACAAGGAAGCACUGUAAAUCCAAAUGAAGAAGACUUGUCAUUUUUAAUGGGAAAUAUUCAGGUAAGAGGACGAAGUAUUAGUACCAGCACUACACCGAAAUUAGAUAUGAAUUCUACUUUUGUCAAAACUGAGCCAAACGCUUCGCAAAGGAAAAAGUCUGUACUGUCCAAUGGGAAAUCAGAAAAUGGGAAGGACAACUUGGCAGUAACUUACAAUUCCAUUAGCGAGGAAUUUUUUACCGAUACAAUUCUUCAAAAACACGCAGCCAAAUUGUUAAUGAAUUACAAAUUACGAGCACUCGGAUACUUUGCGGCUCGUUUAGACUUCCAUUUAGUAGAAUGGUUAGCAAAAGAGCGUAACGGUGCGGCUCGAGUCGAAAAUUACGUUGUGGCAUUACGGAGUCUUUAUACUGACUUCUCAAUUAACAAUUCACCCGUUCCUCUGCAAAAACGUUCAACGCCGCCUUCUGGUGGCGUUUUUAACGUCGAUAAACCAAAAUGGAUAGACGGCGGCAGUGCGGUUGGUGAUAGCGGUUACACGAGUUGCCAAGAUUUACCACAUAUGUCACCACAAUAUCCGAUUGACGGGUUUUUAACUGGUAUAGACGAAGCCAGUACUGUAAGUGAAUCUGAAGAGGCGUUGUUGUGGAAUGAAGAGAGAACACAAACCAAUGUCGACAAUUGGAAUGUUAUGCCCAAUGCUCACAUUUUAGAACAACUGUCGAACGAACAUUCACCGCAAGACACUUCGAAAUCUGAAGUUCAACUUAGAUACUUAUUACAAUUAUUAAUUGAAGCCGGAUGCUUAGAAUGGGGUUUUGUGGUAUCGGUGUACCUUCGAGAUAUUUUGGCAGUUCAAAGGCUUGUAUCCGUUUCUCGAUCGCCUGAAUAUGGCUACGAAUCUGUAUCGCGGUUAAAACAAGCAUUUAUCAUCUUAUAUCAAUGGAGUUGCAAUGAAUGUUUCGGCUACCGGCCUUUCAUGUCUACGUGUCAAGCACAGUUAGGUGCGUUAAAUCGCAUCAUAACUUCAAAACAGCCAGCUCCCACUGUUACGUCGCAGGCGUCUUCGUCUUCGCUAUCCAGUGUACUUACUCAAGCGUCUAGAUCGAGGUCAACAAGCGAAGGUACUGGAGGCAGUCAUUCCACAGUCGAUAUUAAUGACCACAUGCAACCAUCUGAAGGGCAUCAUCCGACUAGUUCAUUAGACUUGAGCUGUGACGAAACUCAAUCUAAUGCAAACGAUCUUGAUUCGGUGUCAGUUGUCAGCUUACCGUCGCCAAACAGUUGUGUAUUGUCAUAACAUCAAAGUACUUUGUUGAAGUGUUUAAGAUUGGCAUUUUAGAAGCUUUAUUAUUUGAGGACAUUUUUUUUUGUCGAAGAUGAAUAACUCGUAAUUAGUUUUUUAUUGUUCUAAAUCGUGUUCCAUACUAGGAGAUGACAAUUGCAUUACUACAUGCUGAGAUAAUACGUCUAUUUAUUUUACAGUUGAAUAUAAAACUAACUUAACUUUUGAAUGGCAUUGAAACAUUUGUAAUAACGACAAAUGACAACGUGUUUUAAUAAUAAAAUGUUGUGCUGUUUACAAUAUCGUGCAAUCGUUAUAGCUAAUAAUUGUUGGUUUAUUUAGCUAAAUGUCUAGCCUAGACUAAGUAUCAAAACCAAUUGUAUGUGAUAUUUUGUAUUUUUGUUUAUUAUCGUUUACCCGUUUGUUAUAUUUUAAAUGUUAAUCAAAAAAGGCGCGUGUUUUAAAAUGGGCACACAAAUAUCACUUGUCCUCUUUUCGUUUUUAUUUUUUUUUUUUAAUAUUAAUUUAAACAAAUAUGUGUAAUUUUACUGUCAGCACAGUACAUGUACGAAUUCAAAAACUAUAUACUUUAAACAUUAAAAUCGAUUUUGUUAUUUUUUAUUUGGCUUUGAUGAGGAGUUUUCUACUAUUACUAGCAUGUGCCAUUUUUAAAAAAAAAAUUUUACUGCGAGUUUCAAUUAACAAAGGUUCCGAUUUUAAAGUAAACAAAUACAAAUAAAUCAGAAAUAUUAAUUGUAUAGAACACGGUACAAUAAUAUAAAACGAUAAUGUUUUAAAAACAUAAUGUAAAUAUAAGAAAAAAUAUAUAAUAUGUACUUUAGAAACGUACGUUUAAUAAAAUUAACGAAACAAUACAAAUUUAAGCUCAUGUAGGCUGUGUUAUUUAUAAUAUAUUUGCUUAUACAAAGUGAUUUUUAUAUAUUUCUUAGGAUAAAUUUUAUUUCCAAAAACUGAUAAUCAAAUAUUUGUGUUAUGUGUCAUUACUCAUACGAGAUGCUCAAAAUAUUAUUUCUUGGUUGUCACAAUGAUAUCAUGCCUGUUACGUUAUUAUUUAGAUAAUUGUUUUGUUUUUUUUUUUUAUUGAUUUAUAUUUAGCAGUUGUUAUAAUAUUGUAAUUUAUGUUUUUAAGUUAUUAGUUUUUUCUACGAAUUCACUAGUGUUGCCUAUUCGAAACCUAAUUAUACCUACGGGUCAGAGGUUAAAUGUUUUACUCAAUUUUAUAUUUGAUUAUUAUUAUUAUAUAACUACUAUUUAGUAUGGUUUCGCGAUAAACUUUAUAGUUUUUAAACAAAGAUAUGUGUAAGAAACCUAAGAUAUAGUUUACGUCAAACAAUCAUUUUUAUUAAGUGUACAUA